AUGGUCAAGACCCGUUCAAGAGAAGACUCGGUGCUCUUCUUGGCCGUUCCGCAAAACCUGCCGCAUAUGCAGAACCCACAGCUGCUAGCUACUAGCUAUCAGGAGCACGGGGCAGUGCGCCCAGACUGCUCCGUGCGGCUGUUUGCAGUGGAACGCUCGGCUGAGGCGCAAGUGGUUGGCUCAACCGACCCAAAUCUCCCCAGACUGCAAAAAAUACCCCCGGGCCUGCUGUAUCUGGGUACCCUAACCGUGCCCCCUGGAAUAGGCAAGAGAGUAUGA